AUGGCGACUAACGCCGGUGUUCCUCAGGGGUCCGUUCUCUCCGCAACUCUCUUCCUGCUGCAUAUUAAUGAUGUGCUUAUGCCCGGUAUCUAUGGGUAUGCAGACGAUAGCACAGUUGUUGAGAGAUACCAACCAAGUCCUCGGGCCAGUCGGGAUCAAAUCCAGUCCGAAAGAGAAGCUAUGGUAGAGCGUGUGAAUCUCACAUUACAGGCAGUCUUCGAUUGGGGCGAUGCCAAUCUUGUGAAGUUCAACGCCUCCAAAACACAAGCGUGUCUCUUCACUGCAAAAAGGACCCAGCUCACCCUGGCUCCUUCUUUCCGAAAUGUAUCACUGAAAUAUACCGACCGCCUUCAGUUGUUAGGGUUUGAAAUAUCCUCAAAUUUGAACUUCGGGCGGUUCAUUGAGUCCAAGGCCAAAGCAGCUGCAAGGAAGCUGGGAGUCCUUGCAAAGGUGCGGCGAUACUUCACGCCGGGACAGCUGCUUACUUUAUAUAAAGCGCAAGUCCGGUCGUGCAUGGAGUAUUGCUGCCAUAUAUGGGCUGGUGCUGCAAAAUGCCACCUAGCAGCUUUGGACUCAAUGGAAAGGCACGAUAAGAGGCUUAUUGGUGACCCAAAUUUGGUUAAAACCAAUCUUAUCAGCCUCAAAUACAGACGUAAAGUAGCCAGCCUUUCGGUUUUCUACAGGAUGCAUUUCGGAGUGUGUGCGCAGGAAUUACAUAAUUUAAUUCCACCCUCUCCCUUCCACCAUCGGACAACCAGACGUUCGGCCAGUCUCCACCCUUUCGUUGUUGACUUACCACGCAUUCGAACCAAACGGUUCGCCACGUCGUGCAUCGUGCGUACAGCAAAGGAGUGGAAUAAGUUGCCAGCAUCUGUCUUUCCAUCCGAUUACAGUGUGGCUGUCUUCAAAGCAAGAGUGAAUAAGCUUUUGUUAAGUCAGUGCGCUUCACCAUCUUAG